ACUGCACAGGUUUCCGUUUGGGUGAACAACGCCUAGUACCACAGCCCUAAAGGGACAUGGUCUCGCGCCUUGCUGGGGACAAGGUACCACAUUUAAGGGGGUUCACGGCUCCAAGAUACCUCUUCCCCCACGCGCCCUUGAUAUCUGUUCCUUCUCUUCGAGAGCCUGGAUACCAUGGGGAAUAAAGGAGACGUUUGCAAUCCGCUCGCACCCCCCAAUACCCCCUACGACUAUCACGACAAUGGAUCGAUGAGGGUGAUGCUCGGUAUCGCCGCAUUUAUCGGGACCAUUUCGGCCACAUGCGCGGUUUGCCUACUGUGCUUCGUAUUGUGUCGAUGGCAUCGAUUGGGGUGGAAACGUCAUUUCACCCCUCUAGGCCUCGUAUUUGUCUACUGGAUUUCAAUGGAUGCUAUCCAGGGUGUUUCUUCUGCCCUAUCAUUCAAAUGGGCUGUGUCUGGGGAUGUGAGCCAAGAUGGAGGAUACUGUGACGCUCAAGGGGUCCUUCAGCAAUUUGGUGAUGCAGGAACGGCUCUUUCAGCAUUUUUGGUGGCUUUACUGGUCGUUGCAUAUUAUUUCCACGCCGGGUGGAUCGUGCAUCAUCCGAAGACAGUCUCUUGUUGUCUACUUCUGCUAUUCCCUGCAUUCCUGAUCGUCCUGAUCGUUCCACCGUCAUCCCUGAUACACAACCUCUAUGGGAAUACUGGGCUUUGGUGUUGGAUAGCCCACCAUAGCCCCACGAAUGCCAGGCUACAGAUCGGCGCGUGCUAUGCGCUGAUGUGGCUUGCGGCGCUCACAUCAAUUCUGGGAUAUGGUUGGGUUCUCAUAGGCACCCUCCGUCGCGCCGGCGCGGCAAGACAGGAAACAGGACAUUUCAGUCAUGUACCUGUUUAUUCAGUGGAAGAAGCCUGGAGGAUGAUGUGGUACUCUCUUGCAUAUGUUAUUGAGGUGGCGCCAAUUAGCAUCAUUCGAUUCGUGCAAUUCGGUUCAAAGGGUCCAUGCCGUAGAGUAGGACCCGGAUGGAUAAUUUUUGCGAUGGCCGUGUAUAGCGCAUCGGGCCUCAUCAACACUGGUCUUUGGCUGACGACAGGACGCCGCUUCGGAUUUGCAACUGAAAAGGAACGAAGGAGAACUUCUGAAUUCAACCACUCUGAGCCUGACAGGAACGGCAGUGCACCACCCUCGCUGGAUGUGUAAUAUCAUGAAUUCUAAUAUAAUCUGCAUGCCAUCAUGAACGUUACAAUAGCUUGAGGAAAAUUGUAGUGCUAUGGACCGCUGGAUUUGUCGGUGGGCGAUUAUUACGCCACUAGGCUUCGGUUCAACACAGGAGGGAUGGAGUCUAAAGAGCAUCAGAAGACCCAUCCGCUGAUACGGAUGACUUGCCUGAUUUGACAAACUAGAUGCGACUCUGCCAGCCGCCGGGUGGCGGGCUUUGUGUGUUGUUGUCUGUAUCACGCGCCAGUCGC